AUGUCGAAGCUCUUUAUUGGAGGCCUCUCUUGGCACACCGACGACCAGGCCCUUCGCGUCAAGUUCGAAGAGUUUGGCCAGGUUGAAGAAGCGGUGAGGCUAAUCCACGACUAUCUGUCUAUCAAGAAGAAUAACCUGCUGAUAAUAUGUGAAAAGGUCGUUGUAAAGGACCGUGAUACUGGACGCAGCCGUGGCUUCGGCUUCGUCCGUUUCGCCAAUGAGACCGAUGCCAAUUCCGCCAUUUCGGCCAUGAACAACGUUGAGUUCGAUGGACGCACCAUUCGUGUCGACAAGGCCUCUGAGCGCACCGGUGGUGCCGGCGGCAGCGGUGGUUACGGUGGCCGUGGUGGCUACAACCGUCCCUCUGGUGGCUAUGGCGGCGGUGGCUACGGUGGUGGUCGCGAGGGCGGCUACUCUGGCGGUGGCUCUCGCGGCUGGGGUGGUAACUCGUAUGGAGGUGGUCAGUCGUAUGCUGGUGGCCAGAGCUACGAGGGCCAGGGUUCCGGCCAAGGCAGCGGCUGGUAA